GCGGGCUUGCGGCCGACUCAAAGAAAUCGCGGGGAACUCUCCUAACCGACACGCUGCUGUGGAGAAGCGGCUCCACCUGCUCACGUCUCGUGGCUCCCACCGGUUUAGUCGCCUUUGGGAUCCUCGAGCGUCUUCACGACCGUCACCAUGGAGGUGUCACCACUGCAGCCUGUCAAUGAACAUAUGCAAAUGAACAAAAUUAAGAAAAAUGAAGAUGCCAAGAAAAGACUGUCUAUCGAAAGAAUCUAUCAAAAGAAAACGCAGUUGGAACAUAUAUUGCUCCGCCCAGACACUUACAUUGGGUCUGUGGAAUUACUGACCCAGCAAAUGUGGGUUUAUGAUGAAGAUAUUGGCAUUAACUACAGAGAAAUCACUUUCGUUCCUGGUUUGUACAAAAUCUUUGAUGAGAUUCUAGUUAAUGCUGCGGACAACAAACAGAGAGAUCCAAAAAUGUCUUGUAUUAGAGUCACAAUUGACCCAGAAAACAACUUAAUUAGUGUAUGGAAUAAUGGAAAAGGAAUUCCUGUUGUGGAGCACAAAGUCGAGAAGGUGUAUGUCCCCGCUCUCAUAUUUGGUCAGCUCUUAACAUCUAGUAACUAUGACGAUGAUGAAAGGAAGGUAACAGGUGGACGAAAUGGCUAUGGAGCCAAACUGUGUAACAUAUUCAGUACCAGAUUCACUGUCGAAACAGCCAGUAAAGAUUACAAGAAAAUGUUCAAACAGACAUGGAUGGAUAACAUGGGGAGAGCUGGUGAGAUGGAGCUCAAGCCCUUUAGUGGGGAAGAUUAUACCUGCAUCACCUUCCAGCCUGAUUUGUCUAAGUUUAAAAUGGAACGCCUGGACAAAGAUAUUGUUGCCCUGAUGGUGAGGAGAGCAUAUGAUAUUGCCGGCUCCACUAAAGAUGUCAAAGUCUUUCUCAAUGGAAAUAAGUUGCCGGUAACAGGAUUCCGUAGCUACGUGGAUAUGUAUUUAAAGGAUAAGUUAGAUGAAACUGGCAACCCACUGAAAGUGAUACAUGAACAAGUAAACCAGCGAUGGGAGGUGUGCCUCACCAUGAGUGAGAAGGGCUUCCAGCAGAUCAGCUUCGUCAAUAGCAUUGCUACCUCCAAGGGUGGCAGACAUGUUGACUACGUAGCUGAUCAGAUUGUGACCAAACUCAUGGAUGUAGUGAAGAAGAAGAACAAGGGUGGCAUUGCCGUGAAAGCACAUCAGGUGAAGAAUCACAUGUGGAUUUUUGUGAAUGCCUUAAUUGAAAACCCAACCUUCGACUCUCAGACAAAAGAAAACAUGACUUUACAAGUCAAGAGCUUUGGAUCCACAUGCCAAUUAAGUGAAAAAUUCAUCAAAGCUGCAAUUGGCUGUGGCAUUGUGGAAAGCAUACUGAAUUGGGUGAAGUUUAAGGCCCAGGUCCAGUUAAACAAGAAGUGUUCAGCAGUCAAGCAUAACAAAAUCAAGGGAAUCCCCAAGCUGGACGAUGCCAAUGAUGCAGGAAGCCGAAAUUCCACAGAGUGCACGCUUAUUCUGACUGAGGGGGACUCAGCCAAAACUUUGGCUGUUUCAGGCCUUGGCGUGGUUGGACGAGACAAAUACGGGGUUUUCCCUCUUAGAGGAAAAAUGCUCAAUGUCCGGGAAGCGUCUCAUAAGCAGAUCAUGGAAAAUGCUGAAAUUAAUAACAUCAUCAAGAUUGUGGGUCUUCAAUAUAAGAAAAACUAUGCAGAUGAAGAUUCACUGAAGACUCUUCGUUAUGGAAAAAUAAUGAUUAUGACUGAUCAGGAUCAAGAUGGUUCCCAUAUCAAAGGCUUGCUGAUUAAUUUUAUCCAUCACAACUGGCCCUCUCUUCUGCAACAUCGUUUUCUGGAGGAAUUUAUCACUCCCAUUGUGAAGGUGUCUAAAAAUAAGCAAGAACUGGCCUUCUACAGCCUUCCUGAAUUUGAAGAAUGGAAGAGUUCUACUCCAAAUCAUAAAAAAUGGAAAGUCAAGUAUUACAAAGGUUUGGGCACCAGCACAUCAAAAGAAGCCAAGGAAUACUUUGCAGAUAUGAAAAAACAUCGAAUCCAAUUCAAAUAUUCUGGGCCCGAAGAUGAUGCUGCCAUUAGCUUGGCCUUUAGCAAAAAGCAGAUAGAUGAUCGAAAGGAGUGGUUAACUCAUUUCAUGGAAGACAGAAGACAACGGAAGUUACUUGGUCUUCCUGAGGAUUAUUUGUACGGGCAAACUACCACUUACCUGACAUAUAAUGACUUCAUCAACAAGGAACUUAUCCUGUUCUCAAAUUCUGAUAACGAGAGAUCUAUCCCAUCUAUGGUGGAUGGUUUGAAACCAGGGCAGAGAAAGGUUUUGUUUACUUGUUUCAAGCGGAAUGACAAGCGAGAGGUGAAGGUUGCCCAGUUAGCUGGGUCAGUGGCAGAAAUGUCCUCUUACCAUCAUGGCGAGAUGUCACUAAUGAUGACAAUCAUCAAUUUGGCUCAGAAUUUUGUGGGCAGCAAUAAUGUGAACCUCUUGCAACCCAUUGGUCAGUUUGGCACCAGGCUGCAUGGUGGCAAGGAUUCUGCUAGUCCUCGAUACAUCUUCACAAUGCUCAGCCCUUUGGCUCGGUUGUUGUUUCCACCGAAAGAUGACCACACCCUGAACUUCUUGUACGAUGACAACCAGCGUGUGGAGCCAGAGUGGUACAUCCCCAUCAUUCCCAUGGUGCUGGUGAACGGGGCCGAGGGGAUCGGCACCGGCUGGUCCUGCAAGAUCCCCAACUUCGAUGUGCGGGAAAUUGUAAAUAACAUCAGGCGUUUAAUGGAUGGAGAAGAACCUCUGCCGAUGCUUCCAAGUUAUAAGAACUUCAAGGGUACUAUUGAAGAACUGGCUUCAAAUCAGUAUGUGAUUAAUGGUGAAGUAGCCAUUCUGAAUUCUACAACCAUUGAAAUCUCAGAGCUUCCCAUCAGAACAUGGACCCAGACAUACAAAGAGCAAGUCCUAGAACCCAUGUUGAAUGGCACCGAGAAGACCCCACCUCUCAUAACAGACUACAGGGAGUACCACACAGACACUACCGUCAAGUUCAUUGUGAAGAUGACUGAAGAAAAGCUGUCAGAGGUGGAGAGAGCCGGGCUCCAUAAAGUCUUCAAACUCCAGACCAGCCUCACCUGCAACUCCAUGGUGCUCUUUGACCACGUAGGCUGUUUAAAGAAAUACGACACAGUGCUGGACAUACUGAGAGACUUCUUUGAACUCAGGCUUAAAUACUAUGGAUUAAGGAAAGAGUGGCUCCUAGGAAUGCUUGGCGCUGAAUCCUCUAAAUUGAACAAUCAAGCUCGCUUUAUACUGGAGAAGAUAGAUGGCAAAAUAAUCAUUGAAAACAAGCCCAAGAAAGAGCUGAUUAAGGUUCUGAUUCAGAGGGGCUAUGACUCCGACCCUGUGAAGGCCUGGAAAGAAGCCCAGCAGAAGGUUCCAGAGGAAGAAGAAAAUGAAGAAAGCGACAGCGAAAAGGAGGCCGCAAAGGGUGACCCUGCAGCUGACAGCGGGCCAACCUUCAACUACCUCCUGGACAUGCCCCUCUGGUACCUGACCAAGGAAAAGAAGGACGAGCUGUGCCGACAGAGGGAUGAAAAGGAGCAAGAGCUGGACACACUAAAGAAAAAGAGUCCAUCCGACUUGUGGAGGGAAGACCUGGCUGCUUUCAUUGAAGAGCUGGAGGUUGUUGAAGCCAAAGAAAAACAAGAUGAGCAAGUGGGACUUGUGGGAAAAGGAGGAAAAGGGAAAGGGAAAAAGGCACCCGCAGCUGAAACCCUGCCUUCUCUGCAAGGAAUCAGAGUCGUCCCCCGAGUGACCACAGAGAUGAAAGCAGAGGCAGAAAAGAAAAUCAGGAAAAAACUUAAGACUGAAAAUACUGAAGGGGCCCCUGCUGAAGACAGUGUGGAAAUGGAUAGCCUGAAACUAAAGUUAGAAAAGAAACAGAAGACAGAACCAGGUACCAAGGCAAAGAAACAAACCACAUUGCCAUUUAAGCCUGUCAAAAAAGGAAAGAAGAGAAACCCCUGGUCUGACUCUGACUCAGAAAUGAGUAGCACUUCUGAAGGUCAUUUUGACCUCCCGUCACGGGAGGUGAAGCAGCGGCGAGCUGCAGCAAACACCAGAUUCACCAUGGAUUUGGACUCAGAUGAAGAUUUCUCAGAUUUUGAUAAAAAAAAUGAUGAUGACUUUGUUCCAUCAGAUGCUAGUCCUCUGAAGGCCAAGAGCCUCCCACAACUUACUAAAAAAGAACCAAAGCCACAGAAAAGCAUUGCGUCAGUCGCUGGCCCUGAGCCUGAGGACUCAGAGGAUGGGGGGCUCCCUGCCUCUGGCCCUUCCGACGAUGCCCCUGCCAGGCUGCCUGCAAGCAGCGUGACCACCAAGAAGACAGCAACCAAAGCAGGUCAGUCUUCCAGCCCUACCACUGGGGCCAAGAAGAGGGCGGUGCCCAAGAGGGCCCCUACCGCUGGGGACAAGAAGAGGGCGGUGCCCAAGAGGGCCAAAAAGGACCCAGCCUUGGACCCUGAAGCCCCUGAAAAACCUGAUCCCAAAACCAAGAGCCGCUGCAAAAGGAGGCCCUCUUCCUCCUCGGAUGACUCCGACUCCAGCUUAGCAAAGAUGGCUCCCAAAGGGGCCAGGAACAAGAGACCCAAGGCAGAAGGUGACGACUUCCAGCUGGACCUCCAGUCGGCCGUGGCCCCGCGGGCGAAGUCUGCCCGUGCCAGGAAGCCCAUAAAGUACCUGGAGGAGUCCGAUGAGGACGAGCUGUUUUAAGGCGUGAGGGUGUUGCCAUCCCUGUGUCCUCUAAGCUUGAUACCAGCAUGAGAGGCGGUUCUAGGGAGACCGCAGCCAUCUGCGCGCUGAGAUUUCGCUUAAACAAUGAAAUACUGCUCUAGCACUGUCAGCUCCCCAGAGGUUACAGAAAACCCCCGUGACUGUGUCUUAUGACCUCACCACAGCCCGAGGAGGGGUCACCCACAUGCUGCAGCUGCCCAGAGCCGGUCGCAGCAGGGCAGGUGGGCAGUACUCAGCUGCCUGCCCUGAGCAGCCCCUCUGCUGGCAAACCUCACUCGGGCCUUUCCACAGCGUUAUGUCUGUCAGUGAUGUUCUCAGUGUUUCUGUAAAUAUUUACGAUGUCUUAGCUCACUUUUGAAAUUUUAUACCGAAGUAAAAAGUUCUACAUAUGGCA